GUUACGGGUGAAAGUGAUCUGGGCCUGGCCGACGCGCGCGUAUCCCAGUCUCAGCAGUCUACAGUCUGCAACCAGACGAAUUGAUCGUCGGACGCAUUAGAUACGCAUCGAGGAAGUUUAUAGCGCCACGAUGUCCUUCAGCGACGUGGCAUUUCUACUUACGAUUCUACUUUUCGGGACCUACAGUGCUCACGGACUCAUAAGACCGAAGCAUGACAAAGUCGUUGUCUGCUACGUCGCAUCUUGGGCGGCCUACAGGCAUGGAAAUGGAGCAUUCUCAUUAGACAAUCUCCGCCCAGAACACUGUACCCAUUUAAUUUACGCAUUUGCUGGUCUAAACGCUUCGAAUUGGACGAUAAGAAGCCUCGAUCCUUGGGCAGAUAUGGAGAAAGAUGGAAUAGGCAACUACAAAAAGAUGACAGCAUUCCGCAAACAAGGUCUGAAAGUAUCACUCGGUAUCGGCGGCUGGAACGAAGGCAGUACAAAUUAUUCGACGAUGGCUUCGUUACCGGAUCGUAGGAGAAUUUUCAUCGCCAGCACUGUCGAGUUUCUCAAAACGUACGGAUUCGACGGACUGGACCUUGAUUGGGAAUUUCCUGGAAGCCGUGGCGGUACUCAGUACGAUAAACAGAAUUUUGUUAGCCUCGUGAAGGAAUUGAAGAGUGCCUUCAGGGAACACCGCUUCUCUCUAACCGCAGCUAUAAGCGCCGUUAAUACCACUAUUAAUACAGCGUACGAUGUUCCUGAAAUAUCCAAAUAUCUCGAUUACAUUCAUGUCAUGGCAUAUGAUUAUCACGGAGCAUGGAACAAGCAAGUCCUUCCAAAUUCACCAUUGCGAAGCAAAACUCAAUUAGAUGUGGAACAUACUAUUACGUAUUUGUUGCAACAAGGAGCCCCAGCCGAGAAACUAGUCUUAGGGCUGGCGAUGUAUGGGAGAACUUUCAUUCUUACGACUGUACCAGAAACGCCUAAAAUAAAUCCAAUUGGCCUGCCCAGUUUGAAUACUGGAUUCAAAGGGCCUUACACAUCCGAAGAAGGCUUUAUGGGAUUCAAUGAGAUUUGCGAGGCAUUGGUCUUGUAUCCACAAGAUUGGACAACUGGAUGGGACAACGAGAGCAGUACAGCUUAUGCGAUUAAAAAGGACCAUGUUGUAGUUUACGAUGAUCGCAAAGCCAUGAUGGCCAAGGUGGAAUAUGCAAAGAGACAGAAACUGGCGGGUGUUAUGGUGUGGAGCAUAGACACGGACGAUUUCCGAGGCAAGUGUGCAUCGCUGCACGACGAUAUGACUUUGCUCGAUGGGCGUGAUUAUCCCUUAAUGAAAUCCAUUAACGCAGCUUUGGCAAAUAAUACGAUACCGUCUGAGGGAAACCAAGUGCCGGAUUCGUCAUCCGUGCAAUUGCUCUCGAAAAUUGCGUUUGCAUUAUCAAUCACAAUGAUUUAUCUUUCUCUUUGAUUAACUUUACGAACCAUUGACAAAUUAAUAAAUAAUAUUAGUAAUAAUAUAUCAACGGCAAUUAAUUAUAGCUGACAAAAAGCGUUAGAACGUGCUUAGCGCUCGUUCGUUCGCAAUUGUUCCUUUUUUUGUCGAUAUAUAGAUUAUAAAAAUGUAACAUUAAUUUACGGUAUAAAAUUUAUAUAUGUGGAUUAUACAUGUAUGUGCGUGUUAUAUGCGGACAAAAGGAAAUUAUGCUUGUGUGUAAUGGAAAAUACGUUAUUAUACUUGAAAUAAUCAUGAUAUAAUAUUAACAGGAAAAAUAUGAAAAAUACGUGUAUAGAAGCAUAUAAAAUACAAGAAUAAACAACAACUUUUCGUGCGAUAGAGAUAAUUGGCGCCUAAAUAUUUCCACCGGUAAUAUAUUGGUAGGCAUGUUCACCUGACGUAAAAGACAGUGAUAAAGCUCAUGAAAAAACUGCGAUUAAAAGCAAUUGUUACACA